AACCAAUAGCUUUUAGACACAUUUGUUAGUCAUAUUUUUAAGUCUUGUUUCGCGUUGUGGGUGUCAGGAUCUUCUAACAAUGGGGAGACCAUGGGAUCUGUCCGUGGUACAUAGCCUAGUGGUAGUUACUGUAUUGGCAUGUGUAUUGUGUGAUCCGUCAUCGUUACUGUCUGAUAUUCCUGUAUCAAAACCUAAUGAGGGACUUUCAACAGCCUCAGACACUUUAGCUAAAGAAGGGGAGGCAAUCAGCUUGGAUGGUCUAAGCGUUGAACAGUUGAAGCAAGCACGGGAACAUGCUGAAAAACGACAGUUUGAAGCUGAGGUUGAUCGCAUGAUGAAAAUAAUAGUUAACUCUUUGUACAAAAAUAAGGAGAUCUUCCUUAGAGAAUUAAUAUCAAAUGCAUCAGACGCUCUGGAUAAGAUUCGCGUUCUUUCGCUUACUAACAAUGAAGUUCCUGAUGAGUCUGACGAAAUGAGAAUCCGAAUAAAAGCCAAUAAAGAUGCACGGACACUUCAUAUAAUAGACACAGGCAUAGGCAUGACAGAAGCUGAACUUACCUCUAACUUGGGGACCAUUGCUAAGUCUGGAACAUCUGAGUUCUUGACUAAGAUCUCUCAAAGUAAUACGGCCACAGAAAAGUCUGACCUUAUUGGCCAGUUUGGUGUUGGGUUCUACUCCUCUUUCUUAGUUGCAAACAAAGUUUUGGUUGUAUCCAAGAGCGAUAAUGAUGACCAGCAUAUCUGGGAGUCCAAUUCCACUUCAUUCGUAGUUUACAAAGACCCACGUGGAAACACCCUUAAACGUGGGACUGAAAUUGUCCUUUACUUAACGGAGGAGGCAGAAGAUUAUUCACAAUCUGAAACUCUUAAAGAAGUUGUGAAAAAAUACAGUCAGUUCAUCGAUUUCCCCAUUUAUGUGUGGUCGAGUCGAGUGGAAUCACAGGCUGCUGAACCCGAAGAAAAGGAGGAGUCAAAAACAGCUGAUUCUGAAGCUAGCGUUGAAGAAGAAAGUGGAAAAAAAAGUGAAAGCAAGACCGUAGACAAAGUCGUCUGGGACUGGGUACGUGUAAAUGCAAAUAAACCUAUUUGGAAACGCAAACCGGCCGACGUUACUGAUGCGGAGUACAAUGAUUUAUUCCGUGCCUAUUCAAAUGAUAAUGACGAUCCUCUCGCCAAGAUUCAUUUCAGUGGUGAGGGAAAUGUGUUAUUUAGUUCAAUACUGUAUAUACCAAAACAUCUUCCCUCCAACAUAUUCCAGAUGCACAGUACUCAUAGUGAUAGGAUCAAGUUGUACGUUCGUCGUGUAUACAUUUCUGACGCAGCCGAUGAUCUGCUUCCUAAAUACUUGGCAUUCGUUUUUGGUAUAGUGGAUAGUGACGAACUUCCUCUAAAUGUUUCUCGUGAAAUGCUGCAGCAAAACAAACUCCUUAAAUUGAUAAAGAUAAGAUUGGUCAAGAAAGUUCUCCAGAUGAUUAGCGAGCUUUCUGAAUCUCAGUUUAAAAAUUUCUGGAAGGAAUACUCUGUGAACAUAAAACUUGGUAUAAUUGACGAUCUUCCAAAUCGCACUAAAUUAUCCAAGUUCCUACGGUUUUGGACUUCAAACAGCACUGAAAUCCAAUCAAGUCUUGCAGAUUAUGUUUCACGCAUGAAAAAUGGUCAGGAAGAUAUAUACUAUCUUACCGCAUCUUCAAUAGCUGAGGCGAAGUCAUCUCCAUUUGUAGAAAGGCUAAUCAAGAAAGGCUAUGAAGUCAUUUAUAUGAUCGAUCCUGUUGACGAGUACAUGCUUCAGUCGCUAACUGAAUAUGAUAAGAAAAAGUUACGAAAUGUGGCAAAGGGAACGAUCGAAAUCGACAAAUCGGAAGAAGCAAAGACUCGUAAAGAAGAACUAGAAAAAGAAUUCAAACCUCUCUUGGAAUGGUUUAAGGAAAAUUUGAAAGAAUAUGUCGAUAAGACUGCCUUGUCAGAAAGAUUAUUGAAUACUCCAUGUGCUCUUGUCGCUAAUGAAUUCGGUUGGUCCGGAAAUAUGGAGCGCAUUAUGACUGCACAAGCAUAUCAAAGGGGUGGAGAUCCAUCAUCUACUUAUUACUCUACUAUGAAAAAGGUCUUUGAAAUUAACCCACGCCAUCCAGUAAUGAAAAAGUUAAACGUUCUUAUAAAGACCUAUAAAGAUGAUCCUACAAUAAGUCAUACUGCGAAUUUGCUCUUCGAUGUUGCGGUCCUUCGUUCAGGUUUUUCUGUUAAGAACCCUGUUGCUUUCGCAGAACGAGUUGAAUCUGUUGUAAAGAAAAGUUUAGAUAUUGAUCAAAGCGAGUUGCUGGACGAAGAACCUGAGACUGAUGAGGAGUCUGUAACGGAUGAAGUGAAUAAAGAGUCGAUUUCAAAUGAAGAUUCAACGAACGAAAAGUCAGAAGCAUCUUCGCAAAUUGAUAUACAUAGUUUUACUGAUUUCUUUGACAAUGAAAAUAAUUGGAAAAUGAACAAAACAGAAGCAAAUCAAUUUUCGGAAUUCAAUCAUAUUACUGAAUCUUUUGAAGACAGUAUUACUCCUAGUUUCGUCACAACAUCAGAUUGUCCAACAUGCCGUCGACUUUUAGGGUGUAGUUCACGAGUUCAUAGUCAUCAAACUGACAGAAAUCCUAAAGUGGAUCAAAUUGAUAACAAUGAAAAUGAUGACCAAGAUGAAGAUGAAUACAAUGAAUCUGAAACAACAGGAAUGAUCAAUGAUUCUGGUAAUGAUGACGAUGAUGAUGAUGGGGAAGAUAAGGAUGACGAUUUCGGGAAUUAUCUAGGUGUAAGGAAAUUAAUGGCAGUUAAAACAACAACUCCUACUACUUCAUCUAAAUCCAAGUCUCACUCAGAAACGGCUACUGGACAUACAAAGAAUAAGAAAGUUCCAUCAAAAACAGCAACACAUGUAAAAACCAUUUCUAAAACACCAUCAUCCAAAUUAUCUGAAAGUUCUAAAACAAAACAACCCAAGGACAAACCUUCUUCUAGUCAUCAUCAACAAAAUCAACCAGACAAGUUAAAAUCUUCCACAUUAGCAUCAUCAAAGCAUGCAGAAGAUCAUCACUCAAAGAAGGCAGUGCAUAAAACUGUUCCGUCACAAGAUAAAUUAAAAACACCAAUUCCAACAAAUAAAAACCCUAAACAAUCUACACAAAAAUCGAAACCAGUACGAAUUAUUGGAAAUAUAAACGAUCAUGACUGUGAUGGUAUACCAGAUGAUAUUGAUGAAGAUAUUGAUAAUGACGGUCUUUUGGACCGAACACAAGAUUCCGAUUGGGAUGGAUUAUUGAAUCAUGUUGAUGAAGACGAUGAUAAUGAUGGUAUCCCUGAUGUUGAAGAUGAAGAUGCUAAUGGUGAUGGAAUACCAGACUGCCGUUCUGAUGUUUCUGAUUUAAAACUAAAAGUAAGAUAUAAGAAGAAAAUGCGUAAAGUUGACAGCGAUUUUGACGGUGUUCCAGAUGAUGUUGACGGAGAUGAUGAUAACGAUGGUAUUCCAGAUAUUAUGGAAGAUGAAGACAAAGAUCAAAUUCCUGAUUUUUUAGGACUUACUCGUGCUGAUUUUUUAAAAGGUGUCAGCAUUAAAGAAUUAAACAGACGAAUGAAUAAACGUGGCUGGUUUGAUCAUGACUGUGAUGGUAUUCCAGAUAAUCUCGAUCCAGAUGAUGAUAACGAUGGGUAUUUCGAUUCAAAACAAGAUAGUGAUCGUGAUGGUAUCCUGAAUGAAUUCGAUGAUGACGAUGAUAAUGAUGGAAUACCAGACAGUGAAGAUCUUGAUGCUAAUGGAGACGGUAUACCUGAUUGUAUUGUUAAGGAUUCAGAUGGUGAUCAUAUUCCUGACCAUAUUGACACAGAUGAUGAUAAUGAUGGUAUACCGGAUUUACAAGAUCCAGAUCAUCCCAAUUUCGAUUACUUACGGGAUUCGGAUAAGGAUGGUAUUCCUGAUACACUAGACAUGGAUGAUGAUAAUGAUGGUAUACCAGAUAGCAUGGAUUUUGAUUCAGAUGGUGAUGGAUCGGAUGAUCUGUUUCAAGAUAUUGACAAAGAUGGGGUACCGGAUAGUGUAGAUGAUGAUAUGAAUAAUGAUGGAAUACCGGAUCAUAAACAAGAUCAUGAUUGUGAUGGAAUCCCGGAUAUUGUUGACCCUGAUGAUGAUAACGAUGGUUAUUUUGACACAAAACAGGAUAGUGACAAUGAUGGUUUAUUGAAUGAAUGGGACGAUGAUGAUGAUAAUGAUGGUAUUCCAGAUGUGGAUGAUGAAGAUUCCAAUGGUGAUGGGAUCAUUGAUUGCCAACCACAUGAUAGUGAUAAUGAUGGAAUACCCGAUCAUAUCGAUGAAGAUGAUGAUAACGAUGGUAUACCAGAUCAACGAGAUCCUGAUUCAAUGUCAUUUCUGCUGUAUAAACAUAAGCGUUUUCUUGAAGCUAUCCCAGCUCAUAUUGCACGACAAGAAGCCAACUUGUUAAAUGUCGAUUUAGGCGAUCCAAACGAUAAAGAUUGUGAUGGAAUUCCAGAUCAUAUUGAUAAUGAUUUGGAUAAUGAUGGAAAAAUCGACAGAACACAAGAUUCAGAUAUGGAUGGAUUAUUAAACCACGUAGACGAAGAUGAUGAUAAUGAUGGUAUUCCUGAUGUACUAGAUCCUGAUGCAAAUGGUGAUGGUAUUCCAGAUUGUCGACGUGAUGGUGGAUUACAUUAUAAAUUAGUUAAAUCACCUUCUGGUUUAAUUAAAAAAGUAUUAAGAAUACGUGAACCAACACAAGAAGAACAACAUCAAGCCUAUAUGGUUAAUGAAGCUAAACGUAAAUUAAUACGUAUUCGUGCUAAACUACGUGAACCUUUACCAAAGAAUACAAUACAAGCAAUUCCAUCAUUUGAUUUCAAUGAUAACAUGAAUGAUAAUCCAGAUAAUCAUCAUAAUGUUAAUGAAAUAAAAUCUAAAAUAAAAUCAUUUAAUUCAAAAUCUGUUCAAUCUAAUAUCAAUUCAAAAAAUGAACAUACAAUUAAACAUCAUCCAAAUAAUAAACAAGAAACUGGCGGUAAUAUAAAUUCAAAGAAAACAUCAAUACAAGGAAUCAAAUCUACUGGUUCACCUUCUUUAAAACAAUCAAAUCAACAACAAAUACCAAUAAAACAUAUCAAGGAACAAAAUACUGUUAAAUUAAAUACCAAACAACAAAAUCGUAAAUUAGCAGAAAGUUUAACACCAAAUGAAAAUACUGAUUCAUUUUAUUCUUUAAAUAAAGACAUUUUACUGAAUAUUCAUGAUAUGAAUGAUUACCCUGAUCAUGUUUCUACUCCCUUUGAUAAUGUUAACGAUGAUGAUGAUGAUGAUGACAAUGAAAUAGAGAAUGAUCAAGAAGUUAAUUUAGCUGAUACAAACUUAAAAUCAUCAAUAUUUGGCAGUUUUUUAUUGCCUGGAGCAGAAGCAGGAACAGCUAAUGAAGUAACUGGAUCAAAUAGAAAAAAUAUCAAGAAAAUGAAACAAAACGAAGCAACACAAAUGAAAAAAGUUGAUAAAUUAAAAUUAAAAGAAAAACAGAAGGUUAAUGAAAAUGACAAAAGGUUACACUCCACAAAAAAUAAACAAUCAUGUGACGUCCAUUCAUGUCAAACAACAAAAAAUAACCAGGUGAAAACUCACCGAAAAUCUCAUUCUAUCACAAACUAUUUAUCUAGGCAUCAUGAAGAUGAUCAUGGUGACGAAGAUGAAACAUCGUUAGACUCAGAUGGUAACGGCAUACCGGAUUAUAUGGAAGAUGAAAAUGGCGAUGGUAUUCCGGACUACCUAGAAGAUGAUGAUAAUGAUGGCAUUCCAGAUCAUUUAGAAAGUGAUUCAGACGGAGACGGUAUUCCAGAUUAUAUGGAAGAUGAUGAUGGAGAUGGAAUACCAAACUACUUAGAAGACGAAGAUGAAAAUGGCAUUCCAGAUUACCUGGAAAAUAGUAAAGAGAUCAAAAAUCAAGGUAAGUAUAAAAUAAACGAACGUCCAGUUCGAAAACACAAAAAUAAAGAAAUACGUACAGAUGACAAUAAAAAAAAAAUAAUAAGAUCCGGAAAAAACAACAAUAAAAACAUCCACAGUCAACAACGCUGCUCACGCAAUGACCAUAUAGAGGAUGAUUCUGAUGGUGACGGUAUCCCUGACCACCAGGAGGAUGAGGAUGGUGACGGAAUUCCAGACUACCUGGAAGACGAUGAUGGGGACGGUAUUCCCAAUUAUCUCGAAACGAGUCACCUCAAGAGAGCAAGCAAAUUACCGAAACACAUCGACAGGGACGGUGAUGGAAUUCCAGACCAUCUAGAGGGUGAUUCUGAUGGUGACGGUAUCCCUGACCACCAGGAGGAUGAGGAUGGUGACGGAAUUCCAGACUACCUGGAAGACGAUGAUGGGGACGGUAUUCCCAAUUAUCUCGAAACGAGUCACCUCAAGAGAGCAAGCAAAUUACCGAAACACAUCGACAGGGACGGUGAUGGAAUUCCAGACCAUCUAGAGGGUGAUUCUGAUGGUGACGGUAUCCCUGACCACCAGGAGGAUAAGGAUGGUGACGGAAUUCCAGACUACCUGGAAGACGAUGAUGGGGACGGUAUUCCCAAUUAUCUCGAAACGAGUCACCUCAAGAGAGCAAGCAAAUUACCGAAACACAUCGACAGGGACGGUGAUGGAAUUCCAGACCAUCUAGAGGGUGAUUCUGAUGGUGACGGUAUCCCUGACCACCAGGAGGAUGAGGAUGGUGACGGAAUUCCAGACUACCUGGAAGACGAUGAUGGGGACGGUAUUCCCAAUUAUCUCGAAACGAGUCACCUCAAGAGAGCAAGCAAAUUACCGAAACACAUCGACAGGGACGGUGAUGGAAUUCCAGACCAUCUAGAGGGUGAUUCUGAUGGUGACGGUAUCCCUGACCACCAGGAGGAUGAGGAUGGUGACGGAAUUCCAGACUACCUGGAAGACGAUGAUGAGGAUGGUAUUCCCAAUUAUCUCGAAACGAGUCACCUCAAGAGAGCAAGCAAAUUACCGAAACACAUCGACAGGGACGGUGAUGGAAUUCCAGACCAUCUAGAGGGUGAUUCUGAUGGUGACGGUAUCCCUGACCACCAGGAGGAUAAGGAUGGUGACGGAAUUCCAGACUACCUGGAAGACGAUGAUGGGGACGGUAUUCCCAAUUAUCUCGAAACGAGUCACCUCAAGAGAGCAAGCAAAUUACCGAAACACAUCGACAGGGACGGUGAUGGAAUUCCAGACCAUCUAGAGGGUGACUCUGAUGGUGACGGUAUCCCUGACCACCAGGAGGAUGAGGAUGGUGACGGAAUUCCAGACUACCUGGAAGACGAUGAUGGGGACGGUAUUCCCAAUUAUCUCGAAACGAGUCACCUCAAGAGAGCAAGCAAAUUACCGAAACACAUCGACAGGGACGGUGAUGGAAUUCCAGACCAUCUAGAGGGUGACUCUGAUGGUGACGGUAUCCCUGACCACCAGGAGGAUGAGGAUGGUGACGGAAUUCCAGACUACCUGGAAGACGAUGAUGGGGACGGUAUUCCCAAUUAUCUCGAAACGAGUCACCUCAAGAGAGCAAGCAAAUUACCGAAACACAUCGACAGGGACGGUGAUGGAAUUCCAGACCAUCUAGAGGGUGAUUCUGAUGGUGACGGUAUCCCUGACCACCAGGAGGAUGAGGAUGGUGACGGAAUUCCAGACUACCUGGAAGACGAUGAUGGGGACGGUAUUCCCAAUUAUCUCGAAACGAGUCACCUCAAGAGAGCAAGCAAAUUACCGAAACACAUCGACAGGGACGGUGAUGGAAUUCCAGACCAUCUAGAGGGUGACUCUGAUGGUGACGGUAUCCCUGACCACCAGGAGGAUGAGGAUGGUGACGGAAUUCCAGACUACCUGGAAGACGAUGAUGGGGACGGUAUUCCCAAUUAUCUCGAAACGAGUCACCUCAAGAGAGCAAGCAAAUUACCGAAACACAUCGACAGGGACGGUGAUGGAAUUCCAGACCAUCUAGAGGGUGAUUCUGAUGGUGACGGUAUCCCUGACCACCAGGAGGAUGAGGAUGGUGACGGAAUUCCAGACUACCUGGAAGACGAUGAUGGGGAUGGUAUUCCCAAUUAUCUCGAAACGAGUCACCUCAAGAGAGCAAGCAAAUUACCGAAACACAUCGACAGGGACGGUGAUGGAAUUCCAGACCAUCUAGAGGGUGAUUCUGAUGGUGACGGUAUCCCUGACCACCAGGAGGAUGAGGAUGGUGACGGAAUUCCAGACUACCUGGAAGACGAUGAUGGGGACGGUAUUCCCAAUUAUCUCGAAACGAGUCACCUCAAGAGAGCAAGCAAAUUACCGAAACACAUCGACAGGGACGGUGAUGGAAUUCCAGACCAUCUAGAGGGUGAUUCUGAUGGUGACGGUAUCCCUGACCACCAGGAGGAUAAGGAUGGUGACGGAAUUCCAGACUACCUGGAAGACGAUGAUGGGGACGGUAUUCCCAAUUAUCUCGAAACGAGUCACCUCAAGAGAGCAAGCAAAUUACCGAAACACAUCGACAGGGACGGUGAUGGAAUUCCAGACCAUCUAGAGGGUGAUUCUGAUGGUGACGGUAUCCCUGACCACCAGGAGGAUGAGGAUGGUGACGGAAUUCCAGACUACCUGGAAGACGAUGAUGGGGACGGUAUUCCCAAUUAUCUCGAAACGAGUCACCUCAAGAGAGCAAGCAAAUUACCGAAACACAUCGACAGGGACGGUGAUGGAAUUCCAGACCAUCUAGAGGGUGAUUCUGAUGGUGACGGUAUCCCUGACCACCAGGAGGAUGAGGAUGGUGACGGAAUUCCAGACUACCUGGAAGACGAUGAUGGGGAUGGUAUUCCCAAUUAUCUCGAAACGAGUCACCUCAAGAGAGCAAGCAAAUUACCGAAACACAUCGACAGGGACGGUGAUGGAAUUCCAGACCAUCUAGAGGGUGAUUCUGAUGGUGACGGUAUCCCUGACCACCAGGAGGAUAAGGAUGGUGACGGAAUUCCAGACUACCUGGAAGACGAUGAUGGGGACGGUAUUCCCAAUUAUCUCGAAACGAGUCACCUCAAGAGAGCAAGCAAAUUACCGAAACACAUCGACAGGGACGGUGAUGGAAUUCCAGACCAUCUAGAGGGUGAUUCUGAUGGUGACGGUAUCCCUGACCACCAGGAGGAUGAGGAUGGUGACGGAAUUCCAGACUACCUGGAAGACGAUGAUGGGGACGGUAUUCCCAAUUAUCUCGAAACGAGUCACCUCAAGAGAGCAAGCAAAUUACCGAAACACAUCGACAGGGACGGUGAUGGAAUUCCAGACCAUCUAGAGGGUGAUUCUGAUGGUGACGGUAUCCCUGACCACCAGGAGGAUGAGGAUGGUGACGGAAUUCCAGACUACCUGGAAGACGAUGAUGGGGACGGUAUUCCCAAUUAUCUUGAAUAUAAUGGUGCUGCAUCAAUUUAUUUAAAUUUUUUGCGGAAAUCGAUCAUGAAUUUCAAGUCGUCGGAUUCAAAGGACAAUGUUAUUCAUGAUUACCUGCGUGGUGACUCUGAUGGUGAUGGUGUUCCUGACUAUCUAAAAGAUAGUGAUAAUGACGGAGUACCUGAUUUUAUGGAAGAUGAUGAUGAUCAAACACCGAACUAUAUAGAUGUUGAUUCUACAGGACAAUCUUUGCAACAUACAAUUUCGUAUAAGAAGCACUACGAUUUCAAUAAAAAUGGCAUACCAGAUGACUUGGAAAGUGAUCAGGAUGGAGAUGGCAUCCUUGACUUCAUGGAAGAUUCUGAUGACGAUGGUAUUCCAGAUUAUUUAGAGGAUUCAGAUGAUGAUGGAUUCCCAAACUAUUUAGAUGAUACAUUUAACUCCAAACGUGAUAUCCAUUUAAAAUUUGAAGAUAAAAAUAAGAAUGGGAUACCGGAUCAUUUAGAACGUGAUUCUGACUAUGACGGAGUUCUUGACUAUUUAGAAGAUUCUGAUAGAGAUGGUAUACCAGACUAUUUAGAAGAUACUGAUGCAGAUGGUACACCAGAUUACAUGGAUGAAGAUGCUGUUACACAAUUUUCUCCGAGAAAAAUACGCCAUCGUGGCAGCGGUCGAAAAUUUGCUGAUGCUGAUAGAGAUGGUAUACCAGAUCAUUUAGAAGGUGAUAUUAAUCAAAACAAUAUCAUUGACUAUUUAGAAGAUUUGGAUAAUAACAGUAUACCGGAUUAUCUUGAAGAUUCUGACAAAGAUGGUAUACCAGACUAUUUAGACGAAGAUGCUAAUACAAAAUUUUCACCCAAAGUAUUAAGAUCAUUGAAACCAGCCAGACAUUAUGCUGAUAUAGACGGUGAUUACAUACCAGACCAUUUGGAAGAAGAUAAUGAUGGUGAUGGAAUUCCAGACUACCAAGAAGAUUCUGAUUCGAAUGGUAUCCCAGAUUAUUUAGAAGAUAGUGAUGGUGAUGGUAUACCGGAUUACAUAGAUGAGGAUGCUACGACACAGUUUUCACCGAAAAAAUAUCGUGAAUUACGUUCUUCUAUGAAAUUUGAAGAUGAAGACGGUGAUGGUAUACCAGAUCAUUUACAAGGUGAUUCCGAUGGUGAUGGAAUUUUAGAUUUUCUUGAAGAUAGCGAUGGUGAUGGGUUACCAGAUUAUUUAGAAGAUGCUGACGGUGAUGGUAUUCCAGAUUAUUUAGAUGAAGACGCAAAUAGUCAAUUUUCACCGAAACAUUUCACUGACAAAAAUAAAGAUGGUAUACCGGAUCAUUUAGAAGGUGAUUCAGACGGUGAUGGUACACCGGAUUAUCUUGAAGAUACUGAUCAAGAUGGUGUCCCAGAUUAUUUAGAAGAUUCCGAUAAUGAUGGUAUACCGAAUUAUUUAGAUAAUGAUGUUGUUGAUGUGGAAGUUGAAGCAGUUAUUGAAGCGUAUGAUAAAGAUACUAACAAUAAUGGGAUGGCAGAUUAUUUAGAAGAUUGGGACGGUGAUGGUAUACCAAAUUAUCUUGAAGAUGAAGAUCAUGAUGGUAUUGUAGACUUCUUGGAUAAACAAGACAAUCGUUUAUUAAGACGAUUAACCAAAAAUAAGAAAUCAAAAUUUCAAAAUCCAAAUGAUAAAAAUGCCAAUUUUAUACCAGAUCAUGUAGAGGAUGAUUUAGAUGGUAAUGGAAUUCCAGAAUUUAAACAAGAUUCUGACGGUGAUGGUAUACCGGACUACUUAGAUGAAGAUUAUUUUCAUCACUUCCUAAAGGAGUCAAAAAAACACACUAAAAAGAAAAGAAAAGAAAGUAAAAAAUCUUCGAGUAAAAUCAAAGCCGUCCCUGGGAUCCCAGACAGUUUGGAUCAUGAUGCAACUAGUGAUGGUGCACUGAAAGAGAAAGUUGCCGAUCGAAAUAACAACGGGGUACCAGAUAAUUUCGAGAUGAAAGACUCUGAUAAUGAUGGAAUUCCCGAUGAUCAAGACGAUGACGACGAUAAUGAUGGUAUCAAGGAUUAUCAUGAAGAUCGAAAUGGUAAUCAGAUGUUGGAUAUUCUUGAAGCAAAAGAUACAGAUGGUGAUGGCAUUCCUGAUUAUCUAGAUGACGACGAUGAUGGGGACGGUAUACCUGAUUGCGAUGACGAUGAUGACGAUGGUGAUGGUAUAUUAGACAUUGAUGAAGACGAAAAUAGGAAUAAAAUUCCUGACCAUUUAGAAACCGAAGACACUGAUGGGGACGGUAAAUUUUGUUUAAAAUUAUUUGCUAUCAACUGUUUUCCCCUUGAUUUUUGACCAAACAAAAAUCCAUAAAAUUUAGUCAACACUGGAAUGCUAUGCAGAUUAUUAGCUACUUUUCAGUCAUUGUUUUAUCAAUUCAGUCUACCUUAGAAAGGGUCAGCUAGUUAUUAUCAGUGUAGAGUCUAGCACAGAUGUAGGUUGGCUCAAGUUGCCAAACUACUUUAUGGUAGGACGAGAGGUAACUAACAUAGUGUAUGGAAAAAGAGAUUGGAAUAAUGUAUUAGCUUGUAGCUCUUCUAGGGUUACCGCCAGUACAGAGACCUGGUAAAGGAGGAGGGUUGGGCAAGGUUCAGCAACCCCAUCCCGUAGAAAACAACAUUGCUAAAAAAUGCUGACCAUAAUAAACAAAUUAAACCAUUUGAACUCUGCCCUCCGAGUUGAAGAAUCUUCAUUCAGAAGAACUAUGACGCCUUAUGGUGAAAGCCGAGAUUCUUCAGAAAUUAAUAGACCUAUGCCACUUCUAACAACCAGAGCAACAAUUAAUGUCGGUACAUGGGAUGUUCGAACAAUGUAGAUCGAUCAAAUAGCUAUGGAAAUAAGGGGAUACAACUUGGAGGUUCUCAGAAUAAAUAAAUGACAAUAAAAAAGAUUAAGCAGAGUGUAAAAGUAUAUAUGAAGGGAUAUAAAAUUGAUAGGAAGAUCAAAAGUCGAUACUGCUUAAAUGAUUUCACAAUUCUAGGUUAAAUCUGUUUUAGAUAUUUUGGAGCAGUGUGAACUUUUAAGACGUCGCGGGUACCCCUUCAAGUUUGAAACAUAUUAUAAACUAUCUUCAAUACCUAUAUCUAUGUUUAUUUUAAGAACAAGUCUACCAAUCUAUGGUUUCUGUAGUGAACUUCGAGUCACAAUUUUCGAUUACGAGUUAUUGUUACUAAGGCAUAGAGCUGUUUUCGGAUAUGCGGGCAGUCCACUGUUACUAUAGAGAUGAAACAUCCUUCAUCUUGGUGAAGCAUUUCAGAAUAUAGACUUAUGAUGUAAUUUUAAUGAGAUUUACCUAAAGUUUUGCUUCUGUAUGCAUUCAAAUGAGUUAGUUGAAUCUUGUUGGAAAGUGAUGUAUGGUGAAUUAAAUCUUCUUAAUUGGAUUAAAUUUACAUUGUUCAAGGAAUCGUAUCUUUAAUAUCCUUGGUCAGAUUGUUGAAUCGACAUGUAAACUUGAGUCAUAUAAUGUAACCGUACUGUAUUGUAUUGCAUUCCAAUUUUCUACCUCCUUUUUAGUUCGUUCUGGGUCGUUCAAACACUGUGUUCUCACUUUUAUAAUUUCUUUUCAGCCAAUGCUUAAUUGUUUAUCUUGCGGACUUUGCGCUGUGCAAGAAAUAUUACAGGCACACCUUGUGUACAAGCACCAACUAGCACGAAAACUAAAUACAGCAUUUUCUGUCGACUACCUAACAUCUAAAUAUAAUCCACGUAAUUUUGAGUUUCUUACACAAGUAACCACAAUGUAACUUGAUCAAUAAGAUUCAACCAGAACCAAGGACUAGACAAACAGCGUCGAUAUGACGAAAUACAAUAUGGGACCGUAAAGUUUUUAUUUCUGUUCAUCUGAUCACUAACGUCUAAAUGGAAUGAAACAAAGCAGCUCAGUGAUUAUCUAGUAAUGUUCUCAGAGUAAAAGUAAAUUCUUACUAAAUUUUUCGUCAGGUUACGUGAAGUCACUUCCCAAUUUAACUAUCUUAUCCUUUGAAGAAACAUUAAUUGGAACCAAUAAACAUUUCUUAUUUUGAUUUUUCAUUGUUUUGUAAAAUUCCACUUUCAUUUUGUCAUAAAAAUUUGUCUUUUUUUUUAGGAAUUAUUGAUCUACUUGAUACAGAUGAUGAUAACGAUAAUAUACCAGACCACUUAGAUAGUGAUUCCGAUGGAGAUGGUAUUGACGAUAAAAAGCAAGACAGAAAUCGUCAUAAAACUACUAAUCCAAAAGAAACUGUCAAGAAAAAUAGAGAAACCAAAACGAUGGUGCAUUCACCUUCACCUAAAUUUCAACUACCAGGACAUUCAAAAAGCAAAUCACUACCUAAAAAGACAACAGAAGAUUAUGAUAAUGAAGACAGUGAAAAAACUGAUGAUGAUUAUGACAACAAGAAACUAUCUAAAAUGAAAGACAGUGGUAUCAAUAGUGAUAAUGAUGAUGACGAUGAUGAUGAUAACGAUGAAGACGAAGAUGACGCCGAUGGAGCAGAUGAUGGCAAACCUAUGACGAAAACUAGGUCUAUAGUUUUGUCUAUAUUAAAACGAAUCGAAAACAUCUUUGGUGUUGAAGAUGAUGAUGGUGAUCAUGAUGCUGAAGAGGAUGAUUCACAUGAAGAAAUUCAUGAUCAUUAAAAUGUUAUUUUAUCCUCAUUUUUAUACUAAAGAGAUUUCAUAUGAUUUUAUCAAAACUAAAGUUGUUUUAGAACCAUUAAGUAGUACAACCAACCAUUACUACUCAUUCUCAUGACUUAGUUUGCAUCGGUUGAAUAUACUAGCUCAAUUGACAAAACUAUUGUUUUGAUGUAUGAUAAUGUGCAGUUCUGUACCUUACCAUUUUUUUUCCGUUUAAAAGAUAUUCUUACAUACUAACUAAAUCCUUAGAAUAAUACUCUCACACAAUAGCUUUACUUUUCAUCCACUCAGUCUCUUUGUUCUCCCUCUUCAACCCUUCUUUAUUGCUUCAUUUUCGAAUCAGUUAAACUAUCCAUCUUGUAACUUAUCCAAUUUCUUCUUGUUUUUUUAUUUGCUUUAGUGGAAAUAGAAAGAAUUGAACAGGAAAACAACAAACAAGUACACAAAAGAGACUAGAUUAGAAAAUAACAAGAAAUAUGGAAAAUCAAUAGAAUAGAGUUAUAUACAACGUUGAUUUUCCAGCUCUUUUGUUCUGAUCAAGUAAUUUUGCAUUUUCGUUGAUUACACACACACAAACUAAAUACAUGUUUUAAUGGUACUACUACUACUACCACCGCCUUUCUUUCAACUACUAUGAAUUAGUUAUUCAUUCAUCAACUGUAAUAAACUCUUUGUGAAUGUUUAUUCCUUGUUUUCUUUCGGUUUUUCAGUUUCACUUCUUCAUCAUCCACUAUUUUUCGUUCGUAUACAGUAGAAAUAUUCUGAAAACCCUAUCUCCCUACAUAUACUGUUUUUAUUCUUUUGUCUUCAACUUUCAAUUUAAAUUAAAUAUAGACACAUUUAAACAAACAAACAAAUUACAGCACAGAAAUUAAAUAUUUAGUUGAGUUUACUUAUUUUCCUUUAGCAUGUUUUCGUUAAUAAAAUUUACUGGUUUUCUUUUG